UGUCCCUCGGACACAGCGGAUCACCGAUCCACAGAAAGAGCCGAAGAUGUCGGCUCGGUCAUGUGAUCAGCUGUGUCCAAUCACAGCUGAUCACAUGACACUGAUGAUCAGUGUGCCCUGAUGAUCAGUGUAGCCACAGCAGUGCCACCUGUCAGUGUCCAUCAGUGCCAGCUGUCAGUGCUCAUCAGUGCCACGUGCCAGUGCCCAUCAGUGCCACAUCAAUGCCACAUAUCAGUGCCCGUCUGAGCUGCCUUUCAAUGUCACCCAUCAGUGCCGGUCAGUGCCACCUAUCAAUGCCAAUCAGUGCCACCUUUCAGUGCUGCCAAUCAGUGCCACCUAUCAGUGCCCGUCAGUGCCCCCUAUCAGUGCCAGUCAGU